UCGAGCAGAUGUUCUUCGAGCUUCGUCCAGCUGGACUACAUCAAGAUGUCCGCUGAGAGAUUUGAGAAAAAGGAGACGAUAGACCUGAGGAAGAGAUAUAUUGGGCCAUCUUGUAAGAUUUUCUUCAGCCAUGACCCAAUCAAGAUUGUGCGAGCCAAAGGCCAGUAUAUGUAUGAUGAGCAAGGACAGCGCUACCUGGACUGCAUCAACAAUGUGGCUCAUGUGGGCCACUGUCAUCCUGAUGUGGUGAAGGCAGGAGCUCAGCAGAUGGAACUACUCAACACUAACUCGCGCUUCCUACACGACAACCUUGUCCUGUAUGCCCAGAGGCUGCAGGCCACGCUGCCCGACAAGCUGGCUGUUUGCUACUUUGUCAACUCCGGCUCUGAAGCCAACGACCUGGCCCUCCGACUAGCACGGCAAUACACAGGCCACACAGAUAUCAUCACUUUGGAAAAUGCGUACCAUGGCCACGUCUCAUCGCUCAUUGACAUCAGUCCAUAUAAGUUCCACCAGCUGUCAGAUGCUGAGCAGAAUCAAUUUGUCCAUGUGGCUUCCAGUCCAGAUGUGUACAGAGGGAAAUACAGAGCAGACCACCCUGAUCCUGCCACCGCAUAUGCAGAUGAAGUCAAAGAUAUAAUAAGCAAAGCUCACAAGAAAGGAGGCAAGAUUGCUGCUUUUAUAGCUGAGUCAUUGCAGAGCUGUGGUGGGCAGGUCAUUCCCCCUGUGGGUUACUUCCAGCAAGUGGCACAGCACGUCCGUAAAGCGGGGGGCGUUUUUAUUGCAGAUGAAGUCCAAGUGGGCUUUGGGAGAGUAGGCUCCCACUUCUGGGCCUUCCAGCUGCAGGGAGAAGACUUUGUACCUGACAUUGUCACGAUGGGAAAACCCAUUGGCAACGGCCACCCCAUGUCAUGUGUGGUCACGACCAAAGAGGUGGCAGAGGCCUUCAUGUCAUCUGGGAUGGAGUACUUCAAUACAUUUGGUGGUAAUCCAGUGUCGUGUGCCAUCGGUCUGGCCGUCCUAGAUGUGAUUGAGAAAGAGGAUCUGCAGGGCAACGCACUGCGUGUGGGGCAAUACCUCACCAGUCUGCUGGAGAAGCAGAAAGAGAAGCACCUGCUGAUCGGAGAUAUCAGGGGUCGUGGUCUCUUUGUAGGUGUGGAGCUCGUCAGGGACAGGCUGAAAAUCACUCCUGCCACAGCAGAGGCACAGGAAGUCAUAUAUAGGCUAAAGGAACAGCACAUUCUUCUCAGUGCUGACGGACCUCAUCGCAACGUGCUCAAGUUUAAGCCCCCAAUGUGCUUCACUACAGAAGAUGCUGAGCUGGUCGUGGAGAAAAUUGAUGUUAUUCUCACAGAACUGGAGGAAGCAUUGGACCUGAAGCUGAACCACACACUGACUGCAGAAAAUGAAAGCGAUAAAAGGAAACUGCUGACUGAUGAAAACGGGCACAGUGGCGUGCUACACGGCAAAGGAAGCCGUCAAGGGUCUCCUCAACAAACCAAACAAAGCAAACGCCUCAGGACAUAAAGCAGCCUGUGAACAAACACAAGAACCGACACAGGUGGCACAACUCUAGAAUUAAAGGGCCGUAAUUUCAUGAUAAAUGUUUUUAUACCAAUAAUAUACUGCAUAUCAAUUAGAUUGUCUUCUCAGGUAUUUUUUUUAAAUAUUUGCGUAAUAGCAUGUGUAGCAUCUUUUUAGCUAGCUGCAUAAAAAUGUACUUAAUUAUGUGAGUUAGCAGGGUACAAGAGCCUUAUUCACGAUAUCAGGGAAUCAUGAAUGAAUCAAUCUGAACAUGUAGAUCUGAAAAUAUGCAUCAGUGUCUUUGUGUGCCUUUAGCAUUAAAAAUGCAGCCUUACUUGUAAAGGCCAUUACAUGUUUUUACAGAGAAGUAACUGGACUGUUUUAAAUAAAAUACUGUAUGUAGUACUUGGUUGCUAUAAAAAAGGCCAGUGUGUGAGCAGCCCUCACUCAUCGACACAGAAAACAUGAAAGUAAAAAAGCUGAUGUACUGUGUUUACAUCUGCACAGUAUCUUUAUUUUACUGAGCCUCAACCAAACAAUGUCACUGUUAAAAAAGUCUGCAAUUACUUACCAAUGUUCUCAUCUUCCUUAUUAGCAGAAAGUAAAUGUUGUUUACUUUAGAGUUCUCGUAUAGAAAGUUCACUGCUGUGAAGAUGGAAAAUACUUGUUGUCGUUCAUAAAAGGUAAUAAAGAUUUACUCUCAGGCUCAGGACUUGUCUGAAGUCUCAGGACUUCUUCCAUAAUGUGACAAGGAUGAGAGGAUUACGGAGAAAGGUGCCAUCUAAUAUACCAGCUUGUGAAUAAAAGGAAAAUGAUCCACAGUUUAAUAUGGUUGGUAAGCCUACUUUCCUCUCCAUAGUCACUUAUAUUUUAAGGCAAAGCACUGCUAUUGGUAGCUUAAGUCAUCUUGACUAAAGCGUCAUCCUAGUUUUCUCAGUGUGAGGCAGCUGUAGACCAGAAUGAUCAUUAUUUACAAGUAGGGAUGAUCACCCUGUUCCUUCCUCCUGGAGAAACCUCAUUACCAUUGCAGUACAGGACCAAAAUAUCU